AUGGCUACGCCCGCAGACGGAGCUGGAUCUCGCCCACCAGCGUACCCUCAGCUGAACGGCAGCGCUGCCGGCCGGUCUAAUAACAAUUCUCCAGGCCUGAAUAGACCCUCCAACCCUCAUUCCCCGGCCCUGCUGCCCAACGGCACCUCGACGCCGACCUACCUCAUGCCUACUAGCCCGCCUAAGAGUCGCCGCGGAAGCAGUGACGGUAGCAGCCCUAAAGUGGAAAAGGCCACUGGCCAAGUCCCAAUAUGUCUUGUAAACGCUUCCAUAACGUACUGCGGCAAUAACGAGAUCUACGCCUUUGGAGGGUUCGAUCAGGAGACGGAUGAGGUCUACAACCACGUUUUAAAAUUAGAUCUCACCACCCUGAGAUGGGGUUUGGUAGAUAACUUUGGCGAUAUUCCCGGUGUCCGCAUGGGACACACCGCAUCGCUUUACGAGGGUGACAAGCUGGUCAUAUUUGGAGGAGAGAACGAACACCCAGAGCAUCUUUCUGAUGUCAUCGUAUUUGACAUCAAAACAUCUACCUGGACGUCACCGGAAGUCCGUGGACCGGUACCAAAGGGGAGGGCUCGACAUGCAUCGGUCAUCUACGAGGACAAACUGUUCGUGAUCGGCGGUGUAACCGGAGAAUCAAACCUUAUACUAGAUGACAUCUGCUACCUCGAUCUCAAGACAUGGACAUGGUCACGCUCGUGGAGGUUUGUGGCACGGUUCGACCAUGCUGCGUGGGUAUGGGGUGGCCGGCUCUGGGUUUUUGGUGGGUUGGGGCAGUGCCAGCUGAACAAGGUAUUACCGGAUCCCCUCGUCCUCAAAUUUGUAGACAGCAUAGCUGACAACUCAGACCUUUCAUAUAGUCUCCCGCCAGCCAGCGGACGGCUGAACGGCUAUACCCCCAAUGCUGCAAAUACCCAAAUUCGGACAAUGGCUCGCCGCAAGCCUACUGCGCCGGGGGCAAUAUCCUCUUUGAAAUUCCACUCCGGGCCGUAUGUGCCGGCUCUUCGCUCUGGGACACACUUUCACGUCUAUGCAUCUGGUGUCCUCCUUGACCUUGUCACGCCCUCAGAAACGGUCAAACCCUGGGAGUGCAACCUGUCCUCCAUGGAGAUGGACUCACUACGAUGGCAGAAGCUAGCAAGUGGACAGGAAAUAUUCACCGCUGAAUACCGCUGGCAGUACUGUGCAAUCGAUGAAGCUGGUUCCAAGGCUUGGCUGUUUGGCUCCAGUGCUGGAAGCUCGUCUGUUGGAGAAGAUAACCAUCUCAGCACAAUUCUUACCAUCGACCUUGAAAAAUAUGGCGUGUUAGGCAGGGAGGCGUCGGAGCAGAAUCGUAUCCUCGCUUCCGAACGACAAAAUACGUUGUCCAACUUAGGUGCUGGAUUGGCUUCUGUCUUCGACCAGCCUGGGGAGUCCGGCGGAUCAGACUUCACCAUUACCGCAGACAUGGACGACGUAGAAGAUGCAGAUAUGCGUUCCACCGUGACAGAAGAUGAACCAUCCGAAUAUCUUCCUGCCAACGCCGUCACAUCUCCUCCCAUCUAUGUUCAUCGGAUCAUCCUUCAUGCUCGCUGGCCUCAUUUCCGUCGUCUCUACGCCGCCAAAAUGGCAGAGUAUCACACAAACAAAAUGCACAUCCCAGAACCAUACCGCGUUGUCCGAGCAUUCCUCUACUAUCUCUACACAGACAGCAUAUCUGCGGACUCUGAAGUUAACCCCAGCGUUCUCGAAGUUGCAGGCAUGCUAGUGAUGGCGAAUCUAUACGACUUGCCAAAACUCCGUUUACUCUGCGUCAACCGUCUCAGCCGCGAAAUCAAUAUUGAUACCGCCGCCAUAAUCUGGGAACGCGCCGGCCGUACAAACGAGGUCUGGCUUAAACGCCGUGCUGCCUCUUUCUGCCUCGCAAACUGGGGCAGGAUCGUACGAAGCGAAGGAUUCCGCCUCCUAGGCAAACAGAGCAUGGUGGCUCUAUGCGAGGUUGUAGACACGGAGGCUCGAAUUAUGCCUGGCCAUGAAGCUGAGCUUCGUGAAAUGUUGGCUUUUGAUAGGUACGAACCGGCCAGCCCCAAGCGGCCUCGAGUGGCUAUAUCGUCUGGUCCGUUGGACGAUGAUCUAGAUAGUGAUGAAGACGAUGGUAUGGAGCUAUCUUGA